AUGUUUGAAGGAAAAAUUGCUAUAGCAAUGGUUGUAUUAUAUUUUUGCUUACCCGUUAUGUAUUUUUUCCUUACAAUUUUGGCUUUAAAUUCAAUCGAAAUAAAUAAUACUGAAGUGGAUAUGCAAAUAACCUUAAAUCUUUUGAGCACUUUAUUAUUAAUUUUUUUCAUAUAUGAACCAAUCGCAAUUUGCUUCAGAAUUGUUAUUUACAGAUCUUUUUUGGACAGUAUUAAACACAAUGAAUAUAACCCAAUCAACCAUUUUGUUUAUUUCUUCAUCUAUCAUAGCAAAAUAAAUAAAAUUUUUGAUGAAUUAAAUAUUGGAUGA